GCUUCACAUGUGCACCCACCCCAGUGGACUUUUCGAGUGGGCUACUCGGGUCACAGUACGAGACCUCAUACAGUUUUACAUCUACAGAUCUUAGAUCUCCGAGACAUCGUUGAGAUUACCAGGACAGGAGGAGUCUCACAAUUUUUGGGCGCACCGCUCUCGGUUGGUGCGACGUCAGGACGGCAACACAACGGAUCCAAAAUGGCGUCGGCGUCGUCGUCAUCUCGCGCCGUGAUGCUGUGGCUCCUCCCACUGGCCACUCUAACGGCCAUCGACGCUAACACACACGCCCAACGGGAAGCUCGGUUGAAGCUGUCGCAGCAAGAACUGAAGAACGGUUCGGCGGUCUACUGGAGGGGCGGGACCAGUGGUGGUUUCCAGGUGCUCCUAUUGGACGAAGAUCGGGGUCGCUUAUUGAUUGGAGGGAAAGAUCACAUCUACAUGUUGAGGUCGGACAGCGUGGACCUUCCCUUGAGCACGGUGUCCUGGACUGCCGAUCCGAGCGCUGUGCGGCACUGCCUCACCAUUGGAAAAAGUUUCCACGACGACUGCGCCAACUUUGUCCGCCUGCUGCAAUCGUUGAAUGACACGCAUAUUUAUGCUUGCGGCACGGGCGCCUUCAGGCCGCAGUGUGCGAUCCUUUCAAUCCAAAACAAGGAGGCGCUCUCUUUGCUGCCUCACACCAUCACGUCUGGACUAGGAAAGUGUCCUUACAGCCCCAAAGAACCGUUCACUGCUCGACUCAAUGACGGCGAAGUGUAUGCCGGCACCUCGGUGGAUUUCAUGGGAACCCACGCCGCCAUCUUUCGGACAUCCGUCGGGGCCCCCGGCCGCCACCUCCGCACUGAGGCCUACGACCGCAACUGGCUCAACGUUCCAGAAUUUGUGGCUUCCGUCGCCAUCGCCGACACUCACAAUAGCGACGACGACAAGAUCUACUUCUUCUUCAGGGAGGCGGCGGUGGAGGCGCAGCAGUGGGACAAGCGGAUCUACAGCCGAGUGGCUCGCGUUUGUAAGAACGAUGUCGGAGGGCGGCGGAGUCUGAUCAACCGCUGGACCACCUUCCUAAAAGCUCGUCUGGUGUGUUCGGUCCCGGGCCCGUCCGGAGUCCACACGCACUUCAACCGACUCGAGGACGUGUUUGUUCUGAAGACCAAAGAGCGUCAGAACCCUGUCCUCUACGGCCUCUUCACAACCUCAAGCGCUCUGUUCGGAGGCUCAGCCGUGUGCGCCUUCUCCAUGGCGAGCAUUCGCGCGGCCUUCAACGGUCCGUACGCCCACCGGGACGGUCCGGACCACCGCUGGUUCGAGUACAAAGGCCGCAUACCGUACCCCAGACCCGGAGCUUGUCCCAGCAAGACGUACGACGCUCUCCAUGAGUCUACGCGGGAUUUCCCAGACGAGGUGGUGAGCUUCAUGCGGCAGCAUCAGCUCAUGUGGGAAGCGGUCCUCCCUGUGGGCGGGCGACCUAUGUUCACGCGCGUCAACGCGUCCCACCUGCUGACCAGUCUGGUCGUUGACCGACCAGACAUUGGGGACGGUACCACAGUCGUGUUGUUUCUAGGGACGGAUGACGGCAAGGUGCUGAAGGUUGUGACCUCGGAGACGGAGGAGAUUGUUCUAGAAGAACUCCACGUCUUCCAGAGCGGCGCCGCCAUCCGCAGCAUGAAAAUCUCCAGCAAGAAAGUACGUCGCUGACUUCUCUUCUCUUCUUUUCACACACAAUUUCAUACAAUCGGACAGUGACAGUAGAAAUACGAAAAGGAAACACCUGCGAAAAUGUCAACCCUUUGAAACAAACCGAACGAUGGUGUGAUGAUGUGUGGAUUUUGCAUGUUCUCCCUGUGCCCGCGUGGCUUUUGUGCGGGCGGGCGAUUUCCUCCCACAUCCCCAAAACAUGCAUUCAUCGGAGACUCUAAAUUGCCCCGUCGGUGCGACUGUUGUCUGUCUCCGUGUGCCCUGGCGACCAGUUCAGGGUGUACCCCGCCUCUGGCCUGAUGACAGCUGGGAUAGGCUCCAGCACUCCCGCAACCCUGGCGAGGAUAAGCGGCUCAGAAAAUGGAUGGAAAAUGUGUUAGUCGAUUAUAAACAACUUCAAAUGGAAACUAUAUUCAAUGAGGAUAAAAAUGAGCAUAAAUAACAUUUUGUUUUGUUGCUGCAGCGACAGCUUUACGUGUCCAGUGAAGGGGGCGUGUCCCAGUUGGCGUUCCACAGGUGCCACUUGUACGCAGAUUGCAGCGAGUGUCGCUUGUCCAGAGAUCCGUACUGCGCCUGGGACGGACAGACAUGCUCGCCGCACUUUGC